UCUUGUUAUUAUUUUUUACCUGUAAGAAAUUGAUGAUUAGUUAAAGUGACAUAUUAGAAAAAUGAUUUUUAAAUAUCUUAUCAAAAGCAGUGCAUUUUUUGUGUAUGGUAUAGCAGUUUUUUUAUUUAUUCAUUUUCUCAACAUUUCAUAUGUGGCAGAUAUUUGGAUAGAUUGGUUCUUGAAUGACUUGAAAAGUGAUGAAACAUAUGACUUUAUUAUUGUUGGAGCUGGAAGUGCUGGUGUAACAGUUGCAUAUAAUUUAAUCAAUGCUGGAUAUAAAAUAGCAUUAAUAGAAGCUGGAGGUGCUCCUCCUUGGUUUGCUGAUAUUCCAGUUUUAGCACCUUUGUUUCAGCAAUCACCUUAUGACUGGCAAUUUAAAACAAUUCCACAAGCUUACGCAUGCAAAGGUCUAACUAAUAAUCAAAGCAUUUGGCCAAUGGGAAAAAUUUUAGGGGGUUCAAGUCGGUUAAAUUACAUGGCUUAUGUUCAAGGACAUCCAAGUGAUUACCAAGGAUGGUUCCCUGAUUAUACCAAUUACACAGAUAAAUUGAAAAAUUUCAUCUCUGAAAAUCCUGGAUGGUGUUCAGAAUUAUGUGAUGCAAUUUUAGGAGGUAUUGAAGAACUUUCUCAGCUUAAAUUUUCCUCACAAAAUGACGAAAAUGAGGAUAUCUUAGACUUUGAGAAAGUCAAAUUGACAAUGAUUAAUGGGCAAAGGUGGAGUACAGAUAAAUUGUUAUCAAACAAGAAUAGUAAUGAUAUAAAAGUCAUAACCCACGCAUACGUUGAAAAGAUAUUAUUUGAAUCAAAUAUAGCUAAAGGAGUAAAAUUUACAAAAUGGAAAAAACAGUUUAAUCUCUUUGCUAAUGAAGGCGUAAUUUUGAGUGCUGGUACAAUUGGAAGUCCUAAACUACUGAUGCUUUCGGGAAUAGGACCCAAACAUGAUCUACAAAAAUUAAAUAUAAAUGUCAUUCGUGAUUUGCCAGUAGGAAAAAAUUUAAUGGAUCACAUACUCACUGGAAUUGACUUGGUAAUAUUGAAUAGUAGUCUAUCAGUUAGCCUACCUCAACUUCUUCAACCUAAAUCAAUAAUUGAUUAUUUUCUAUUUCAUCAAGGUUCUUGGACUUCUGCUGGAAUUGAAAUUGUAGGGACCAUUAGUAAAGCCAACAAACAUUUUUCUAUUCCACCGAAUAUUCAAUUCAUGAUUAUACCAGUAGGAGUAUCACAAGAUAAUGGAGUUGUAUUGAGAAAAGCAAUGGGGAUCAAAGAUGAAUUAUUUCAAGAUUAUUUUGCACCACUUUCUCAUCAAACAGCAAUUACUAUUGCACCUGUUUUAUUGCAUCCUGAAAGUCUUGGAGAAGUCAGAUUAAAAAGUUCGGAUCCUUUUGAUGACCCCAUUAUCGAUCCGCGAUAUUUAUCGCAUAAUAACGAUAUAUUGACAUUAAUUGAAGGUACAAAAUUUAUUAAAAAAUUGAUAAAUACUAACGCCAUGAAGGCUUUAGGAGCUUCUUUAUACAAUAAAUCUUUGCCAGGCUGCGAAAGUAAUAUUUUUGGUAGUUCUGAAUAUUGGGAAUGUUACAUACGUCAUAUAACAUUGACGUCGUAUCAUCCAGUCGGUACUUGUAAGAUGAGAAGUGUUGUGGAUGAUUCAUUCAGAGUUUUAUCAACCAAAAAACUAUACGUUAUUGAUGCUUCUGUGAUGCCUAAAUUACCAAGUGGAAAUAUAAACGCAGCAGUUAUUAUGCUUGCAAAUAAAGCAGCAAGUUCAAUCAUUAAUUCAAGAGUACGCAAAAACAAUAAAUUAUUGUAUUUCGGAAAAUCUUGUAAGAAUAGUAUAACCGAAAUGUUUCUACCAGAUUCAAGUCACAAAAAUGUAUGUAAAAUGGUGCCAAAUGACUAUUAUUAAUGGACCGAAAUGGUAAUUAGAAAAAUAAAUUUUUUUUAAUUUUUCCAAACA